AUGGCGGCAGCAGAUGCUUCAUCUGCUCCGGGGUUUUGUCGGGGUCUUUCCUGCCCAGCUCUAUCCCUCGGGCUCCAGGGCCUCUGUGGUGCUCCUGAUGCCCCUCACCCACAGCUGAAGAUCCCGGGUGGGCGAGGGAGUGUCAGGGAUCACUCUCAUGGCGUGCUCAUUCACAAGGAUGAUAAAUUAACAGUGACCCAGUCUGCUCCAGUCGGGGGGAACCCCUCGUUCCUCUGCUUCCAGUACCAGCUGAGUGAGCGCCGCACUGCCUCCUGGAGUACAGUCCUGUCAAAGGACAGCCUCUUCUUAGAGAUUCCAGCUGGUUCACUGGUGGAGGGCAGCAAAGAGGGACUCACUGCCCUGCUGGAGUUUGCAGAGGAGAAGCUCAAAGUGACCUACGUCUUCCUGUGGUUCCUGAAAAACAGAGAAGAUCGAUUGACCCUCAUCAGGACCUUCCACUACAUGGGCUUUGAGAUGGUGAAGCCAGGCCACCCCCUGCUCCCAGCCCGGCCUGAUCGAGCCUUCAUGGUUUACUCUGUGGAGAACAGCAGCUCAGAUGAAGAGUGACCCCCUCCUCCUGCUCUUUUUGUUCCCCCUGACUCCGCCCCUCCAGCUGUGAUGUCAUCAGUCACAGAUGUGAUGUCAGGAGGAGAGGUGACGCAGCUUCUCCUGACCUGGGUGGAGUUGGGUGGUCUCCCUUCACAUGUUUGGCCUUUAUCCCCUCCUGUCUGCUGCUGUGAACUGAAGGAACAGCUGCUGGACUUUCAGGAGACGUUUGUGUUUUUAUCUGAACCAAGUCUCCUCUCUGAGCACUGCUUACACACUCUGUUAGAGUGUUAGAGUGCUCUCUGAGCACUGCUUACACACUCUGUUAGAGUGUUAGAGUGCUCUCUGAGCACUGCUUACACACUCUGUUAGAGUGGUAGAGUGCUCUCUGAGCACUGCUUACACACUCUGUUAGAGUGUUAGAGUGCUCUCUGAGCACUGCUUACACACUCUGUUAGAGUGUCAGAGUGUUAGAGUGCUGUGUUCAGGGUGUGCACAGGAAACAUGGGCUCAUGAAUGAAAGACGUCUCUGCUACACUGAAGCACAUUAAGACUUUUCUGUCUGCAGAGUGCUGAGUCAGCACGUCACUGGUUUCAGGUGUUCAGCUGAUUAAAGGUGCAACCAUCGAAAAGAAGAAAACCUGAUGAAAUGUGGAGGAGGGUCACACAACUGGAGGAUUUUAAUUUUCCAGUAAGCGUCCAACAAACUGAGCUGUUUUACUGCAGCAGCCAAACAUGAACACAUGAUGUUUGUGUUUUCAUACAUCUGACUCAUGAUGACCUGUCUUUAAUCAGCAAGGGGGCUGGGAUUUGUGCCUGAAGAGGACAGUGUAAUGUUUGUUUCAUCAGUCUUCAUCAAACAGUUUCUACAUGAUAAAAUCACCUCACCUUUAACAAUAAAACCUGUUCCUGAUGAAGCUCCGUGUGUUUCAGCAGGUCGAAGCAGGAAGUGAAGGAAACACUAAAAUCUGCUGAUUAGAUGGUUGUAGUUAAAGCACACGUUGUUUAUGUUGUUUAUGUUGUUUAUGUUGUUCAUGUUGUUUAUGUUGUUCAUGUUGUUUGUUUAUGUUGUUCAUGUUGUUCAUGUUGUGUGUGAAGCAGGUUAGCUCACAGCCUCACUCAUGUUCCAGUCUGCAUCACUACUCAUCCAGCUCUUAGAAAACAAGAAAUAAAGUCUUUAUGUUUGUUCAGA